AUGUGGCACGGCGGCAUGGGGCAGGGCGGCAUGGGGCAGGGCGGCAUGGGGCAGGGGGGCAUGGGGCAAGGCGGCAUGGGGCAGGGCGGCAUGGGGGCACAUCGAGAAGAGUCCUCCAGUUCUACUCUCCUUCCUCCUCUUCUACUCUCCUUCCUCCUCUUCUACUCUCCUUGCUCCUCUUCUACUCUCCUUGCUCCUCUUCUACUCUCCUUGCUCCUCUUCUACUCUCCUUGCUCCUCUUCUACUCUCCUUGCUCCUCUUCUACUCUCCUUGCUCCUCUUCUACUCUCCUUGCUCCUCUUCUACUCUCCUUGCUGCUCUUUUACUCUCCUUGCUCCUCUUCUACUCUCCUUGCUCCUCUUCUACUCUCCUUGCUCCUCUUCUACUCUCCUUGCUCCUCUUCUACUCUCCUUGCUCCUAUUCUACUGUCGUUUCUCCUCUUCUACUCUCCUUGCUCCUCUUCUACUCUCCUUGCUCCUCUUCUACUCUCAUUGCUCCUCUUCUACUCUCAUUGCUCCACUUAUACUCUCAUUGCUCCUCUUCUACUCUCAUUGCUCCUCUUCUACUCUCAUUGCUCCUCUUCUACUCUCCUUACUCCUCUUCUAAUCUCCUUGCUCCUCCAGGGCUUUCUCUUGUGUGUGAGAGCCGCAUGCCAGCAGUAGCAGACCGCGUGGUGCUGCGCAAGCUGGCCCAGGACAUGUGUGAGUGGUCGCGCCUGCUGGUGAGUGAGUGA